CUGAAGAAGGAGAAUAGCAAAUUGAGCACGGUAUCCUCUGUGCUUAUCCAGCGUGUGGUACCAGUGACUCUCACAGUGGAUGGACCCGGGUUCAUGUGAGCCCCACUUAGCCUGAGGUCUGCUGCUUCUGAUCUGAGAGCUGUCACGGGAUUUUACAGGAGUCUAUGUAUUUAGGGGAUGGCUUUGAGAAGCUAAUAGAGAGCUGCAUCUGAAAGCUGGAAAGGGCUGCUGCUGCCACUGCUGCUGCUGCUGCUGCAGUAGCUGUUGCAGGAGGAUGAAUGUGUAAAGGACAGCUGCCUGAGCCGUGCCGGUGAGCCUCCUGCCCUGCUCUGUCUUCUUUAGCUGAAAGAAUACAGAGGAAAACAGAUGCACUGAGCAAGUGCCACACUGGCACACUGGAUCUAUCACUGUGUACCCUUCACUGUGGAAAAUGGUCAACAAAGACAUGAAUGGAUUUCCAGUCAAGAAGUGCUCAGCCUUUCAGUUUUUUAAAAAGAGGGUACGAAGGUGGAUUAAGAGCCCAAUGGUGAACGUUGAGAAGCAUCCACAUGCCAGCCUCAAAUACCCGGGGCCCACUGUGAUGAAUUUACCUGCAGGGGAUUCAGAGCUGGAGCCUCCCUUCUGCCAGACCUGCCUGAGUGACCACCCUUUCCAGCGAGGGAUUGCUCCUCAGGAGGCCGAGUCCUGCUCCUGGGAGAGCCAGAGAAACAGCAAAAUGAAGGAGCCCCAGAGCAAAGGAGAUUCACUGCCCAAGGCGGAGCCCAGGACCCUUUGGGGUGGUGAAGACACAGAAUAUCGUGGCUACGAGGCACCUCGAACACGGGGAGAGGGCGAGGGCCCUGCCGGGUGCGGGAGCUGGCAGGUGGGUGCCGCACGGAGGGACAGGACAGCGGCUUCCCGCGGCGGGGCGCGGCCGGGGAUGCGCGGCGCCGGGCCGGGCGGAGGCGGGCGGCGGGGGAGCGGUGCCGUGCGGGCGGGGGGCGCCGCCGGGGCGCUGUCGGCGGAAGGCGCAGGGUGCCAGGUCGGAGCGGGGCGCCGGUCCCGCCUCGGCGCUAUCCGGCCGCCGGGGAAGCCCGGCCGGUAG